AUGACAGAUACACAACCCGCAAAAACGUCGCUCGCGACUGAUAAAUCUCUCGAGCCAGCCUCAUCAAACGAACUCAUUCACACGACCGAACAAACUAUCAUUACGACAAAUGCCGAAGGCAAGAAAGUCAAGAAGAUCAUCCGGCGCAAACGACGACCUGCACGUCCUCAGAUCGACCCAGCGGAAAUAAAGACUCAGGAGACCCCACAAACAGGCACAAUCUACAAUGUCUGGUACAACAAAUGGUCGGGCGGCGACCGUGAAGACAAAUACCUGUCCCAAACUCCUGCGCAAGGUCGCUGCAACAUAGCCAGAGACAGCGGCUACACAAAGGCAGACAAGACGCCUGGCGCGUACUUUUGUCUCUUUUUCGCGCGCGGCACCUGUCCGAAAGGAGUAGAUUGCGAAUACCUGCACCGCCUGCCCACAGUAACGGACAUUUUCCCCAGCAACGUCGACUGCUUCGGGCGCGACAAGCACGCCGAUUACCGUGACGACAUGGGCGGUGUAGGAACCUUUCAGCGCCAAAACCGCACCCUGUACAUUGGGCGCAUUCACCCAACCGACGACAUCGAAGAAGUCGUCGCACGACACAUGCAGGAAUGGGGCGAGAUUGAGCGAACGCGCGUUCUGACUGCGCGCGGUGUAGCUUUCGUCACAUACAUGAACGAAGCAAACAGCCAGUUCGCAAAAGAAGCAAUGGAUCACCAGUCCUUCGACCACAACGAAAUCCUCAACGUCCGCUGGGCAACCGUUGAUCCCAACCCCCAGGCAGCCAAACGCGAAGCCAGACGCAUCGAGGAGCAGGCCGCAGAGGCAAUCCGCAAAGCGCUUCCCGCAGCAUACGUUGCCGAGCUCGAAGGCAGAGACCCCGAAGGCAAGAAGCGGCGUAAAGUCGAAGGAAGCUUUGGACUCCAGGGCUACGAGGCACCAGACGAUGUGUGGUACGCAAAGGAAAAGGGCGAGUGGGAAGCAGCCAAGCAGCUCCAAGCGGGUGGUGCAGGAGAUAGAAUGGCGAUUGAGGCCGGAGACAACGCGUAUCAAGAUAUGAAUGAUACCGGUGCUGCGCAACAGCAACAGCAGAGCAGCGGUAUUUUGUCGGGUAGUACGUUGGCGGCGCUCAAGGGAUUUAAAGCUGCGCCGUCGAAUAAGAGGCCGGCGCCUGCGGCGGGGCCGUUGGUGGAUUAUGGGAGUGAUAGUGAUUAA